AUGCUUGGGUUGGAGGAUGGGAACUGGUUGGUGGGUGUGUUUGUAGCAGCCAGUGGUGGUGCCUUCGUUCUGGUACCAUCACUGCGAUCGUUGCUUAAAGUUCCUCUGCUUCUGUUCACGCUGUUCGUCAUAGCGCAGUUUGUGCGUCGUGUACUACGCCUCAGUCCCAAUGUCAACACAGUAAGUUUUGCUCCAGGCAUUUUUUGA